GGUUGACAGACCAACAAUGGAGGUGAUUUGAAAACUUAUUUGACUUUCGUGACUCAUUUAUACGCCUUUUUUUGGAACAAUGGCGGAGCCAUGUGCGGAGCCCAUUAUUAAGCGCAUUAGACACUUGAGCUCUCUGGUGAGCAGCUCUGGCCUUGAUGUGGACCAAGGUUCGAGCCUGUUGUCCCGACACCUCAUUGGACAAGAGUGGCUGCUGGAUGCUCUCCUGGUGUUGUAUGAUGAGUGUAACAAUGAUUUCCUGAAGAAGGAAAAGUUUAUUGCUGACUUUGUUGACAAAUAUCGUAGCACUAUUCAUGAGGUGCGGAAACUGCGAGUUAAUCUUAAUGAUUUUGAACAAAAGAAAGUAAUUGGUAAAGGUCACUUUGGUGUUGUACAGUUAGUUAGGGAGAAAGCAACAGGCAAUGUCUUUGCAUGAAGAGCCUCAGGAAGUCUGAUAUUUUAUCACAAAAAACAUGUUGCAUUUUAUGAGGAGGAAAGAGAUAUUAUGGCCAAAGGGAUCCUACCCUGGAUCACACAGUUACAAUAUGCCUUCCAGGAUGACCAACAGUUGUAUUUUGUGAUGGAGUUUCCAGGGGGUGACUUGUUGUCCCUGCUGGAUCGUUGCGAGGGUUUGUUCUCUGAGGAAAUGGCCCGCUUUUACCUUGCAGAAAUAAUUUUAGCAGUUCAUGAUUUACACUCCAUGGGCUAUGUUCAUAGGGACAUCAAGCCUGACAACAUUCUUAUUGACCGCUGUGGACACAUCAAGCUGGCAGACUUUGGUUCAGCUGCAAAGCUUUCAUCCAGUGGUGUUGUUCGCAGCAAAAUGCCAGUGGGAACGCCUGACUAUAUUGCCCCAGAAGUUCUCCAGUCGUUAAAUGAAACGGCUGGAAAUACAUCAUAUGGGAUUGAAUGUGAUAUGUGGUCACUGGGAAUAAUGGCAUUUGAAAUGUGCUAUGGACGAAUGCCAUUUAAGGGCGACAAACUUGGCUCUACCUACAGCAACAUCAUGAACCAUAAAGAAGCACUUCAGUUUGAUAGUGAUAUCGAGAGCCCAGUGAGUGAGCCAUUUAAAGACUUGAUUCAUGGCUUACUGGAGGAUGCCAACCGACGCCUCAACCAUUCCGCUCUCCUCCAGCACAAAUUCUUUUUCCAUAUUAACUGGAAUGAUCUCAGAAAUUAUUAUGUUGGCAAUAUUUUGACCAGUGUGAACAAUCUGCCUUAUGGCAGCAUUGGCAGAGAUACAAAAAGCUCCCUGUGUGACGCCUUUCUUGUGCGCCAAGGAUUUACUGGAAAGAAUCUCCCAUUUAUUGGCUUCACUUAUAAUAGAAAACAACAAAAUGCAGAAAGAUCACCUCGAGAUACUACAGCAUUUAACAUCUCGAUACUGGAUGAAUCGAUAAGAGAACCAUCCUAUCUUGAAGCACAGCUUAAAGCCCAGAAGAAGGAGAAUCACGAACUUAAAUUAAAGCUUGAAAGUAUGAAGGAGAGUGAAGUAGGCCUUCUGAUAAAAGGUAAAGACAUGAAGCUGAAGGAAGCAGAGUGUCGGGUGGAAUACCUGGACAAGGAGAGGCAGCGCUUGGAAGAAGAAAGUGUCAAGGAGAAGAAAGUUGCUGAAGCUUACAGAAGAGACUUAGCACUGGAGAGGGCAGAUCGGGCCCAAACAGAAAGCCAAACUAUUGAUUUAGUAAGGAGUUUGAAAACCCAGUGGAAAAUGGCUGAAUCAAAAAAAGUUGAAGCUCUGGAGAGUAGAAUCACUGUAUAUGAAGAAGAGAUUGCCUACCGACAGUCCCAGAACCAGGAGCUUAGCAAAGCACUCCUAGAGAAAGACAAGGCUCUGAGAGUUGCUCUAACUGAGAAUGCAAAGCUGAAGAAACAGCUGCAAGUAAAGGAGAAGCAAGAAUCUACUAAAGAGAAAGAAAAAGUUGUGCUUGAGUGUCUUGGAGAUUGUUCGGCAGCUGUAGAAGCCAAGAUGAUGUUAGAUGAGGUAAUGUUAAAACUGGAGACUGAAAAGAAAAAGAAUUCAAGUACUAGUGUUCGGUUAGAGGAAGUAACAAUGGAGAUGCACAGGUUAGAGAAGGAGCUUGGGGAGAAGACUCAUGUUGAAAAAGAGAGAAGAAUUGUGGAAGAACAAUUACAGGAGUUACAGACCAAGUUCAGUACAGUAGAAGAGAAACUGACAGAAUCACAGAAACAUCUACAGACUAAUAAAGAAAUGGUAAGAGAACACAAGUCUAAGAUUGCCGAGUUGGAGAUGCUUCUCUCUAGGCUCGAUGAAACUGUCCGAAAUUUAGAGAACAAGAAGUCGUCCAGUCAGGCUUGUGAAGAAAUGUAUGUGGCGAAAGUUGAGUUGCUAGAAACCCAGUUAGAAUCUACUCGUAAUGCUCACUCCCAGGAUAAAGAAAGCGUGAAGAAACUCUCAGAUGAAUUAAGAGAAGUAAACCAGCAACUCUCGGACAACAAACUCGACAUGCGUGUUGUUCAGAGGGAACUGAAGUCAGCGCAAGAAACCAUCUCUUAUUUACGUGACAAGAAGAAAGAACAACGCAGCCAACUAGACGACAAAGAAAGCAUUAUCCAAAAAGCAGCAGAAAUGGAGAAUGACCUUCGUAAAACUAUUGGUCAGCUAGAGAAUAAUAUUAAGUCUCAGGAGGAAGAGUUUGAUAAAGAAAGAACUGAGCAUCAGCAAGUAAUUUCAAGCUUGGAGGAGAAGAUCACAAGUCUGGAGGCAGUAAAGAAAUCAUUAGAGCAAGUGCAGAAACAGUUACGUGAAGCCCACCAAAAGGCUGAUUGCCUUAAGCUGGACAAACGAGGCUUGGAGUCACAGAUUCAGAUGAUGGAAUCAGCCAGGGAAGAAGACAAACAAGAGAAGGUGACCUUCAGAGAAGAAAUUGAUAGGUUACAGAAGAAAUUUGAGUAUUCUGAAUUGGUAAUAUCACAGCUGAAACAGGUGUGUUCUGAUCAAGAUGAGGAGUUGUCAGUGUUGGAAUCCUUCUCUGAAAAAAUGAGUCAACAUGAAAAAGAUAAGGCCAAACUAGAGGAAGAGAUGGAGAAGCUGCAGGGUGAGGUGCGGGCAGCCAAGGCAGCUACCAAUGAAGAGAAGUCACUAAAGCUGUUCCAGGAGAGGAAAGUCAAAGAACUGGAGAAUCAACUUCGUGAAGUGGAUGAGGAAACUGACAAGCAAAUUAUUCACCUCAAUAAUCAAUUACAAGAGUCACUUAAGAUAAAUCAGGAGCUUCAAGAGCAGAUUGCAAGCUUAGAUAGAGAGCUGAACGAUGCAGUGCUACUUGUCCGAAAUUUGGAGCGAAAAUUAUCAGAAGUACAAGGACGGCUGGACCUUGCAAACCAAGAGGUUACAAGCCAUAUCCAUCAUAUUCACACACUCAAAGAAUCAAACUUUAAGCUGACUGAAGGUCUAGAAGAAGCCAUUUCAAAAGCAGAACUCUAUAAAAGAAGGAUUGAAGAUGUGGAGCAGACGAUGGCAGAUAAGGACGCUUUGUAUGAGGACGAAAUGCUGAGAAAGCAAGGCACACUUGACCAGUAUAUGAAACUCAAUGAUUUCCUCUACACAAAGAUAGACAGUAAAAAGAAAAAGAAUUUUAAAGACAAGUUGUUUGGAAAGGAGAACAAGGAGAACACAGGGUUUUCCAUGCCUCACCAGUACAGAGAGCUGGAGGACCUUUUGGCUCGAGAACGAAUACUUAACAAACAACUCAGAGAGCAGCUUGCUAAGGCUCGUGCGGAAAUUGUUGCCAGGACGGCUAAUUGUGGAACUUUAGAUAAGAAUAAUACAGGGACGCCCCGGGUCCCCCGAACGCCACUCAAGCCACAAACGUCUAUGCUCUGUUACACACCACAGAGUAAGAGAUCUGUGCAUAGUGUUGAUGCUCCCUCUGCCCAGAGAAGUUCAUCCAAACCACGCAUGAGGCACAACAUUCCUCAUAGAUGGCAGUCAGGACUACAGAUGCGAGCUGUUCGAUGUGUUGGUUGUUUGGAAAGUAUUCCCUUCGCUCGUAAUGCUGCUAGAUGUUGUGAAUGUGGCACUAUUGCUCACAUUAAGUGCUCUCAGGAGUUGCCAUCCACUUGUGGGCUACCAGUUCAGUUUGCAGAACACUACUCCAAGGGCUGGACUUCAGACUCUCCUGAAAAGAUGGCUGGAAGCCUGUCUGACUCAGGGGUGUUGCUCGAAGGAUGGCUUAAGAUGCCUAGGGCAGGCAAAGCUUGCUGGGAGAGUCGUUUUGUUCGUCUGAAAAAAGAAGACGUGUUAGUGUAUGACAGUGAGCCUCGUGCUGGUACUGAACCUCAAAUAAUUGUCAAGCUUUCCCAACCUGACUGCUUGACCAGAGUAAUGUCAGCUGUUCCAAGGUCUGAGUUACCCAGCAUUAGUAGUGUGGAUCUUCCUUACAUUCUUAAGAUUGAAAUUCGAUCAAAGGAUGCCCCUCGACAAUUGGAGUCUCACUACUUUAUGACUACAAAUUUUGAGGAGAAACAGUUGUGGGCAUCAGCACUUGACAGCAUUGUAGCUCAGCUACUGAAGAAAACUGGAGAGGAAGACAACCAGGCAGACUACAUCCAUCUCAAUACUCUUCUCUCCAUGGAAAACCCUAAUCCACUUGAUGUCAACACACUUGUCUACCUUAAUAAAAGAACAGUUCUGAUUGGAGCAGCAGAGGGAUUGUAUUCAUUUGAAGCAGAUAAAACUGGAAAACUGAAAUCUCGAUCACGCAUUGAUGGCCUCACAGCUGUUCAUCAAAUUCUGCUUUUGGAUGGUGCUGGAGUAGCUCUCUUUAUUGCUGGAAAAGAUAAUAAGGUGUUCGAGAAUGAUGUCGGAUCUCUCACACUAACAGCAGAAGCCAUGCAAUUGACAAAACCAAGUCUGAGUCCUGCACAUGUGGAAAAACUGCAGGGCUGUCAUCUCCUAGCUUCAGGUUGUACAAAAACUGGAGAAGUGUAUGUGUGUGCGGCUGCCACAGAUCGAAUAAGCAUCCUGCUUUGGAACAACUUGGAAGGGAAGUUUUCAGUAUGUCAGCAGUUCAGUACCCAGGAGCCAUGUUGUUGUUUACACUUUAACCAGUCUUCUCUUAUCAUUGGAGCAGAGAAAUUUUAUGAAGCUGACCUCAAAACCCUUGCUAUUAAAGAAUUUCUUGAUGCAUCUGAUACUUCCCUUGCCUAUGCUAUUUAUGGAUCAGCUCAAAUGGCUUCAUUCCCAGUUGCAAUAAUACAGGUUUCCAAACCUGGGAAGUAUGAGGAAUACUUGCUGUGCUUCCAUGAAUUUGCAGUGUUUGUGGACCCCUGUGGGCAGCGUUCACGGGAGCACGAUAUUAAGUUCACCCGACUGCCAAUUGCUCUCGGUAAUAACCACAAUUUUAUUUUAAACCUUAAUAUUAAACACAGAGAAAUCAGCAUACAGGCCUACAAAGCUAUCACAACCUGACUAACUUGUAGAAGAAAGCUGGCCAGCUUUGUGAAAACUUCUAGCUUCAUUUUGGUAGCAUCUCUGAUAUAUACUGGUUGAAUGCUGAAGAAUCUUGCACCAUGAAUGUUGACAUACUAUUCUUUAUUUGCACCUAUACCUUCCCAUAGUUGUUAGCAGUGUGCAAGUUAGAGACCAAGCACAAGCAUUUUUCCUUCCAGAGAGAACAGUCCAGUUGCUUUGUGUGAUUUUAUUAGAAAAAUCAGUUAAAGUGCUAUAGGAAUUGAUGUCAAAACUGCCCCAGCUGUCAUCCUGUAUGGUGAAGACAUCAUCAAUGUAUCUGUACCAGAUUAUGACUCAUGGUUUGAUGUUGGAAGGAUGGUAAUUUCUUAGUA